AUGGAGAUAUUCUCGUGGUUGCCGGUGAAGUCUAUAGCUAGAUGUCGUUGCGUGUCGAAGCUCUGGAACGCCGUACUACGCCGCCCAGAUUUCACGGAGUUGUACCUGAGCAGAUCUUCUUCCCGCCCGCAGCUCUUGUUCGUCUUACGCAACAUGGAUGGGGUCGUCUUCUUCUCCUCACAUCAGCCUCAAAAUCCUGUUGAGAACUCGUCGUUUGCUGUAGCCUCCCAUCGUCUUAGCCAUUUGCCUUGUCACAGUGGAAUCGUUGGUCCAAGUAACGGCUUUGUCCUUCUUAGAGGUGUCAGGGGAAGGAAAAAGCAAGGAUUAGUGUCGUUGCAAUUUAACCCCAGCACCGGACAAUUGCUACCUUUACCGCAAGUGAAGACCAGGAGCAGGAUGUUUGGGACGUUUAGUUGUAUGGGGUAUGAUUCAGUUAAGAAACAGUUCAAGGCAUUGUCCGUUAUCUUUUCUGAUGCGAAAUUUGAAUAUUCGUAUCUGACAUUAGGAAUUGGAAAACCAUCGUGGAGACUGGUCGAAUGUUGCAUACCCCAUUUACCUCGAACUGAAGGGAUAUGCAUCAAUGGUGUUUUCUACUAUGUUGGUACUAGGCUCAAGAACAGCUCUAUGAUAGUUUGUUUUGAUUUUAGUUCUGAGAAGUUCAGCUUUCUUAACCUUAGUGGACCGAUGGAAAAUGCAACAUCUCUGAUUAAUUACAAUGGCAAACUAGGUUCGGUUGCGUCUGACUCUUUUAAUGGAGGAGAUACAGGUUUUGAGUUAUGGGUUCUGGAAGACUUGGAGAAAAAGGAAUGGUCCAAUCACGUUUAUGUAUUUCCUCCUGUUUGGCAGAAUGUAGUUGAGAAGACCAUCUUACACUUUUCUGGAGUGGUUGGUACAAAUGAAUUUGUGUUUGUCCCGAUAACACUGUCUGAUCCUUUCUAUGUUUUCUACUACAAUGUCGAGAAGAACACUGUCGUUAGAGUUGGAGUUCGAGGAAUGGAAGCGUUUGGUGGUUAUAGAGUUAAGGCCUUUUCAAAUCAUGUGGAGAAUGUGGAGCGUAUUCGAGCAUUUUAG